GUCGAUUCGCUGGAUCACCCGAAGCCGCACGGCACCGGAGCGACGGAGGGGACUGUGCUGGGCCCGUUUCACACGCAUGAGGCCAGGGACGUUCCACAUGGGGAGAUGAUUUCGAGGGAUGGGGAGGGGGAGCCGAUGCUUGUUGUGGGUACGGUUAAGAAUACGCGAGGGGAGGCGAUUUCUGGGUGCAAGGUUUAUGUGUGGGAGACGGAUUCGAAGGGGUUUUAUGAUGUUCAGUAUGAAGGGUACGAAAAUCCUGAUGGACGGGCGGUUGUGAGGAGCGAUGAGGCGGGAGGGUUUUAUUUUCGGGCGAUUGUGCCGGUGCCGUAUCCUUUUCCGGGGGAUGGGCCUGUUGGGAGGUUGUUGACGACGUUGGGGAGGCAUCGGUAUCGGCCUAGUCAUUUUCAUUUCAUGGCUUUAUAUCUUCGCGGAGAUCCGUUUGAGAGGUCUGAUGCGGUUUUUGGAGUCAAGAAAUCGCUUAUUGUAGACUUAGGGACUGUUUCGGAUGUUGAUGGGUUGGCUGAGAAGUAUGGUGUUGAGCCGUCGACGCGGCUUUUGACGUAUGAUUUUGUGCUGGUUUCGGAGGAGGAGGUCAAGGCCUUGAGGGAGUCUAAAGCAAGAGAGUAG